AUGACUUCACUAUCUAAUUCAAAUUCACAUUCAAGACGUAAUGGAUCUACAUCUGGUACCCCACCUUCAAUCCAACAGUUUCUUACUGCUGUCAAUUCACUCGCAUCUUCUCAUAUGUAUUCUACUGUUACUCGAUUAUUGGUCACAACUAAGGAGUUACUUGAAAGUCAACCACAUGGUCGGAUCAAUGAAAGUUGUGUAUCUGAUAUUUACAUGGGAUCAGGGAAUGAGUAUAAUGCUUCAAGUCUAGCAUUCUCCAAGGAAAGUAUUGAUAUGAAUGAUUUGAAUUUGGUGCCAGACGAUCUACGAGAAUAUCUUGAAGCAGCUCUAUCUGAAGAUGCCUCCCCUAUGACAUUAGAACAGCAUUUGCCUCAAAUAGGACCGAUUGUAGGUCAUUUACUUAAGGGGUUAAAAGUCAAACAUCAAGAAUGUAGGGCAGCCAAACAAAGAAUGAAGUCAACCAGGCCCAUACCACAAAAUGCUCUUUUCCAAUCGAGCUCCUGGUCGCAAAAAUCUUCCUCCCAAUUGUCCAACUGGAGCUUAUCCGACCUCUGUUUGGGCUACUCAUUUGCCUCUUUGCCUGAUGCUCAGGACUUCACCAAUCAUCACAACCAGCCAGUCCUGGACUACACUCUGCUUCACAAUUACCCACAGUUGAGUUCGCUCCAUUGA